CACGCAUUUGCAUUGCAGGGGCUUGUUCCAAACAUAUCAGUACAUUGACACCAUGGACGAAACAUCCCCGUUGAUUCCCCAACAGGAGUCACCCUCUAACGCACCCCAAGAACCCCAUCCCAAACCCUCGAGAAUCACUCACGUCAUCAUCAGUAUGUUGAUCGCCGCAGCCAUUGGUACCCUCACCCUCCACCACCUAGGGCAAAAUACCGACUUUUCGUACGAUCGGUCGACCUUGUUGAAACCCUUGACAGUCAGAUUAUACACCAACAACAUCCGCUACGACAACAAACACUUGGACCCACACGAACGGUCUUGGUCCCAUAGAAAACCCUUGAUCACCCUGUCGAUCCAGUUUAAUACCUUUAACACCGACCAGGGAAACGUCGUAUGCCUCCAGGAGGUGUUACACAACCAACUAGAGGAUAUCAUGUACGGAUUGAACAACGACCAGACCGAAGGUGACUGGUCGUACUACGGUGUGGGCCGUACUGAUGGAGAGCAGGCAGGAGAGUAUGCUCCUAUUCUCUUUAAGCAUCUGGAAUGGAUUGUGGCUGACACCAAGACCUUCUGGUUGAGCGAGACGCCCGAGGUGCCCAGCCGCGGGUGGGAUGCUGCCUUGGAGCGGAUCGUGACGAUGGUGACGUUACAGUCCAAAAUGAACCCGCUCAUCAAGUUAAACUUCUUCAAUACCCACUAUGACCACCGCGGGGUCAUGGCUCGCAGAGAAAGCAGUAAGUUGAUUGUCGAAAAGAUGAAGAACUAUAACAACUACCCGUCAUUUCUCUGUGGUGACUUCAACACCCAGCCCACCGAUGAACCGUACCAUAUCUUGAAGGACCUGGGAUUCAAGGACAGCCGCACAUUGGUGGACAAGUUACAUCAUUAUGGCUUCCACCUGACGUUCACCGGGUUUAACCGCCACGAAGAAGUCAACACCAUCAUCGACUACAUCUGGGCCCCCUAUUUUGCCUUGAACGGCAAUCGGCAACCAUCACAAGUGGAAACUCUGGACAAGAAUUUUUUCCAGUUUGACUUUCAUAGGUACUACCAGAUAGGCAUUAAGAAUUUCGCUAUUUUGCACAACUGGUACGAUUUCUACAUGAGUGACCAUCGGCCCGUUAGCGCUGACUACGUGGUAUCACUUCGUGUGUAGUCAGAAACGGGAGUAGAUAUGUGGCCCAAACCUGGGGUGAUUUUCCCCGGUAAAAAAACUCGGGUGUGUCUGACACCUAUUUAGACUGGUUCUGCUUGAUUAUGAAUAAAUGAUAUUAACCCAACACUCUUAAACUUUAUUUGCCCGUUGCUACGGGGCCAACAAUAACCAUAU